AUUGUAAUCGGAAGAUUGAACCAGAAACACAUAUAUUUCUUUCUCCUAAAAUCCUCUUGUUUUACUUAUGUUUUUGAAUUAUUUAUAAACCAUGGACGAAACAGAAAGAAUAACAACUUCUCCAUCUUCUAAAGGAAGGGAAACGUCUGAAUUUUUGAUGAGAAUUGUAAGAACACUCUCUCACAGUGCCGAUUUUGAACAAAGAGAAAAAGAAAAGGCAAGAAUUGACAAAGCAUACAAACAGAGUGACAAGAAAUUGGGAGAAUUAGUUACAGCACACUAUGAAGAUCUUACCAAAGUUACACAAGAUUUUAGUAGGAUGAGCAAAUGUAUAAAUGAUUCAAGGGAGAGAAUAACAAAGAUUAGAGAAGAUUUAAGUAGUUGUAAGACAUUGUUACAUUGUAAGAGAGAUGAACUGAGAAGAUUAUGGAUUGAAGGAGUUGAACACAAAGCUAUGGUAGCUUUAUUAGAUCAGGUGGAACUUAUUAAAGAGGUACCAGUAAAGUUAGAUAAUUUUAUUAUCAGUAAGCAUUACUUGCACGCUACAGACCUACUAGUAAAUGCAGUUGCUAAAUUAGAGAAGCCAUUAGCUGGGAUUGAUGCUCUUAGAGAUCUGAAAGCUGAACUGAUUGCUCGUAAUGAACAACUUCAUGAGACUUUGAUAGAGGAAUUGAACAAACAGAUUUAUGCAGCAGUUCCUGAUCAGUCUGCUUCAUUAAAACGUUCUUCAUCAUACAGAAGAGGAAGUAAUCUAACAAAGCAGUUAUCUGACCCAGAAUGCAAGCAGACAAAGCCAAAUACAGAAAUGCUGAAACCUCCAGAAAUGAUGGAUUUAAAUAAGGAAAUAAAAGAAGAUUUGAAUGGAAACCCAGAGGAAAAUCCUGCACAUUUCAUUGCAGUUUUAGUUGAAGCAUUGUUUGUCCUUAGAAAAAUUCCAGAUUCUGCUGAGAGGAAUAAGAAAAUGAAGGAUCCACUGGGUAUAAAGUCAAAGAUAGAACCAGAAUUAUCGGCCAUUGUAGCAAGAACAUCUCAACAGGUUGUUGACAGUUAUGCACAACCAGGAGAGUCUUUAUCUAGUCAGAAUCAACCAAGAUUUUUAUUGGAACUUCUAGAAAAUGUAUUUCACCAAUUCAGAAAUGUUGCCACAAUGCAUAAGAUUGUUCUUCGUAACUUACAGAGAAUUAUACCGACACCAGAGGAGACCGUAGAUGAGGUGUCAGGUGUACCAAUUAGAAAUGAAUUGUUAUAUGAUAUGAAUGAUGUUUGGUCCAAAAUACAAGCAGUUCUUGAAUUAGUUCUGAGAGAAUAUUUAGAUGUACAGACGUCAUCCAGACAAAGAGCUCCCACAAGUUUUGAUGAACCAAGUACAGACAUAAACUCCUACUUCAGUAAGAAAAAGCCAACCAAAUCAAAAAAGGACAAAGGAAAGAGUGAUAAGAUGUCAUUGUUUAGAUUUGAUGCCUCUAUCCAUGCUAUGAGUACCAACAGCUAUGUAGAUGAUAACAUGACUUUUGAUACAGGAAAUUUAUUUCAUGUCAACCUUUUAUCAGAAGUUGGACUUGGUAAACAUCAGAUGGUGUGUAAACCCAGUGUGAACAACAUCACAGCCAUAUUCAUGCCAUUAGAAGCUUUCAUUAAAGAAGUAGAAGAUGCAGUAGCUUGUCAAGAUGGAACAUCAAGUUUACAGUCUUUUGUAACCGAGUUCAUACAGAAUAUAUUUCUUGGACAAGUUCAUGCCACAGUGUCCUCAAGCAUAGCUGCUGCUACUAAAGUUGAUGAAGAAGAUGGAAGUUUUGAUGCAUUGAGACAUGUUGUUGAUCACAAAACUCAGAAAGAUUUAGGAGUGACAAGACCACUUUUAACUAGUACUGUUACUGUAGACAGAAACAUUCAGAAACUACAGGAGCUAAUGCAGAGUUUACCAACCUAUGGGGACCAGUUUCUUAACAUGAUAUGUAACAUACUAAAGGAAUAUAGAGAUACCUGUAACUCAGCUUAUAGAGGGAUAGUACAAAUAGAAUCUGAUGAAAAGAGAGUCAUUAGUGCUACAUGGGCUAAAGAUGAAGAUAUCAGUAGAUUUCUCAGAUCCUUACCAAGUUGGAGAAGUUUACAGAUGUCAGAGAGACAGGACUUGAGUAAAAAACUUUGUUCUGAGGAGGAAAUCAGGACCCUGAACUCUAAAGAAGCGUUAAUAUUGAUCAGUAAUUUAUCAUCAGAGGCCAUUAUUCCACAGCAGGAAAUUAUUACAGAUGUUACACAAAUGAGGACCAUAGCUAAUGUUCAUGAAAGUCUGGAAUGGUUUGCUGGAAGAUUGAGACAGUUUUGCCAGUUACUAUCAGCCAGAUCACCCACCUCCAUGAGUUCAAUAGAAUUAUCCACCAGGGAAUACCCACCUGUGUCUGAUAAGUCACUAGAAUCACUUAAAAUGUUAGUUAAAGAUUUCCAAGACUUAGCUGAAAUUUGUUUGCUGUUGUUGCAUUUGGAGGUCAGAGUUCAUUGUUUCUACUUCCUGUUACCAGUGGCAAAACAGUCAAAUUAUGCUGGUCCUAUAGAUGAUCUUGAUCCAGAUUCAAAUGUACUUAAACUAAAUAAAGAUUUAUCUGCAAUGGAAGAAAUGUUGGUUCAGAGCUUACAACCACAAAAAUUUAAAUAUAUAUUUGAAAGUCUUGGAUUUUUAGUUUCAUCCAUUUUAAUGAGUAGUAUACAGUACUUGAAAAAGAUAAAUGAGAAUGGUAUAAAGAAAAUGUGUAGAAAUUUAUUUGCCAUACAACAAAACCUGACCAACAUUACAAUGGCUAGAGAAACAGACCUGGAUCAUGCAAGACAGUAUUAUGAGCUCCUUUAUAUGAACCCUGAUGAUGUGCUGUCAUUGAUUGUGGAGAAAGGACCAGAUUAUUCCUAUACAGAAUAUGUCUCACUGUUCCAGUUAUACCAGAAAAGCCAUCCACACAUUAAACCAGCCAAUCUAGACACAUUGUUACAUAAACUUGAGGAAGUCAUGAACAAAACACAGAAUGGUUCAUCUGCAUAAUAAUCAUAUCCAUUUAGAACUGGAUAACUACGAGCAUGUAUUGUUUUAUUGUGAUAUAAAAGUCAUCAUGGAGUUAUGAUCCAGCAGUAUAUGAAUACAACAGUUUUUUUGAGAAAAAAAAAUUCAUAAUAUUUGCUUAUGUGCGAAUGAUUUACAAUGUUGCAUAUUAUUGUAACUGUUCCAUGUUUCCCAAAAAUGUUAACUUUAUGGACUAAAUCAGCCUACAUAAUUGACAAGCAUUAAAUACAAGCUUUUUGAACAUUGAUAUGCGAAGAUAAAUAAUUACAAAACGCCACUUUAAAAACAUUGCAGUAUUUAUUUAGCAAACAUAUAUAAUCAUGAUUACUAUCUAUGAAUAGAAUUGAUGAAAAAGUUAUUCAUCCUUUUAAACAGUGCAAUAUUAUUUUGUUUAAUUUGUGAUAUAUUGAUGUUGAUUGUAUGUUUAUAUAUAUAAAAUUGAGAUAAAUAACAA